AGUGCAAUGUAGUGUAUACGUGCUCACUUGUAAUUUCAAUUAUCAUUUUUGCUAAGAGACUUGAAUCUCGGCUAGAAUCGUGGUCUUGUUCUAUGGGUGACAGUUUUGCCUUCGACAAGGACAGGCGAUGCUUUGGCGCUAAGUCCACCGUGUGCCUAUCAGAGAACUCCCUCAGUGCGUGGCCGACUCCAAAGGGAUCUCCGAUAGCGCUGAUUGGAGGAGACAAUGUGCACCAUCAGCUCACUAUUCCAAUAGUGGUGCCCCAUUUAGCAGAAGUGAUCGACGUGCAGAUUGUGUCGCCAAAGUUUGCGCUAGUUUCAGACGUAGUUGAGGCAGCUUGUUUUGCAAUCGGAAUCCAAGAGACCUGGUUUUUUGGUUUGACCGCGUCAGCCGAAGAUGGAACGGACAGCUUGUUGCCGAAAGAGAGAAAGUUCAUCGAUUUAGUCGGUAGCGGGAGAGAAACUUUGAAGCUAUCGACCCAUUUCUUCCCGGAAAAGAAUGGAGAAAUAAUUCAAACAUCGAGUAUAGACUUUGUUUAUAGUGACGUAACAAAACAAAUCACAACCGGCAGGAUCAAACUACCAGUCAAUCUUGUUCACGAUCUAGCUGCCUUGUCUCUUGCUGUUUUAUUUCCUUUCCGAGAUGGGCUGAAACAUCUCAAGUCUGUAAAACAGAAUGUGUUGCCGCAAGCGUACUCAGACGAUGAAAAUACUACCGCUAAGAUAGCCGAGUUGUACAAUGGUCUGCUCGGGAAAAGUUCGCUUGAGUUGAAACGGACAUACUUGUCUCGGGCAGAGAGUUUGGCAGCGUAUGGGAGAAGUUUCUUCAGUGUCAGCUCGAAGCAAGCUGAUAAACUGAAGUUGUCCGUGUGUUCCGCAGGCGUGGCCUUGUAUCGUCUAACAGGUGUCGGAAAUAUCUCAAGUGCGGUGGUUGAUCUAGCCUGGAGCAACAUAAAAUCCAUAUCUUAUAAGGAUUGUAAGCUGACACUGCUUCUGCAACCAGGAAUUGAAGGAGACCUUGUGUACCUGCUGCAGAAGUCGAAUCGACUAUCCAAUCGGAGUGCGUCCUCAAGUGGAAGCAAGAAAUCCAAGGUGCCGCGAGACUCUUCGGAGCCUCCGAUUCCGUGUGGCAAUAGCAGUAACCAACUGGUUGUUUGGGCGCCUAAAAGAUCGGACGUGAGGCAAAUUAUGUAUGUGUUUUCCGGUAACCACGAACUCUACUUGAGAUCGAGACGAUUGCAAUCAGUGGAACUGAAGGUGCUAAAACGCAUAGAAGAGCGAAAUGCGGCUUUGCUGCAGUCUGUUUUCGAGAGGUAUGGCGAAGCCAUGGAGCAGGUAGCCUCCUUGAAAAGUGACAUCCGACUGCUGAGCGAGGAAAAAGCAGAACUACAAAAGAGACAAGAAGUGUCUUUCGCUGCUCUACAGAGAGUACAAACAGCUGCUCAACUGAUAGAAGCUAAUUCUUCUGUUUGUAUCGAAGAGAACAAUCUGCUAAGAGCUAAAUGUGCAGAACUAGAAGCUAGAGUUCAGAUGAGAGAGCACGUUAGAAGUAGAUCUGCCGCUCCUGCACGAUCCUUCCAUAGUGAGCCGGCGGCUGCCAAUGCAGUCUUCCACACAGCAUAUAGUAACUUUCAAGCCCUGCAGAAUCAAUCAGCGGAGCAGAAUCAUCAUCAUCCUUUCUUGGCGGAUGAGAACCAAAACUUAUAUCUAGCUAACACAGAACGUGUACAAGCUGAGCAUUCUGCUAUCGGAAAUGAGUUUUCGAAGCGAAGUGUGUCGGAUCAAAAAGCUAAUGCUGGUCCUCUUGAUUCGAAUGCAGAAUAUUUUCAGCGAUUGGCUAAUCAGAAAAAAUCAGCCAGUGAACAGGAAUUGCGGCCAACAGUCUCCUUAGCCGCUGCUUUUGAGCCUCAAAAUAGCUUUAACCUCAACCGGCCUCCGCGUAGCGGCUUUGGAAGAAUUAUCGCCAAUGGAACGUCCGACAUUAUGGCUCAGAGCAGAGGACGCAGCUACAUGGUGCAAAUAAAUGAUCACCCCCAACACAGGUCUGACGCUGCACGAUUUUCACCUUGGGCACGGGUGCGAGGGGGAGGGAGCUACCAACAGCAGAGGAGUGAAAUGGGAGGGAACAAUGACAAUAGUCCACAGUCACUGGAUAGCAGCAUGGAAAUGGACGGUGGUACUAGAGGAGGAGUGGCCUCAUACCAGAACAUGUAUCCUUCAGGUAGCCAACUGUCAUCGUCACUUACGACAGCUGGACUGUCCACAAGCAUAGCUGCAGUUAGAGGUCACACAAGUUCAAGUGUGCGGCCUAUUCUUCCGGACCGCUUUGGUCACGUGCGACAGGUGGCACGUCGUGAUGGCUCCGCGUCCAUGAACAGGGUUGCAGGUAACUCGAGAAGAGUAGCCCAGGCAUGGAUUAACCACGGAAGUAAACGACUAUCUGGGUCGCUGGACAGAUUGAUUUCCAGAGAAGAUUCCUCUAUCCCCCACAAAUCAGACACGACGAACCGAAGUAACAGUGCAUAUAAUGUAUCCACUAGGGCUAACUUUGUGUCCUAAUUUUAAUUGUUACUAAUAUGCUGUUAAUUUGACUAGAUAGUAUCAUUAAUCACUUGCCAUAAAAGAACACACCGCCCUUCCGAUUAUUCUAUCGUUUUCUCUAAAGAAUAAAAAUAUUAAAAUAAUGAAUUAUAUUAAAAUAAUUUUACACAGAGAU